UUCUUCUUCUUCUUCUUCUUCUAGCUUCCGCAUCCUUCGGACAAGAGAGAAGCCCAAACAGCAAAGGAAAAAAAUAUAAAACAAUAAUGGAGAGUCGAAUUCGAAAGAGAGAAGCACGCCAUACCUGAGAGAUUCGUGCGUAGAGUCAACGAGUUGAAGAAACAUUUUUGUUUACUAAUUUUAAUUAAAGAAAUUAAAAAAAAAAAAGAGUGGUGGUGGAGGAGGGUGUUUGAUGGGUGCUAGUCACAGCACCACCGUUAAUAAUAGUCAUCAUCAUCCUCAUUCUCGGAAUGCUUCUAAUCAUCUGAUCACCAACAACAACAACAGCAAUAACAGCUCUCGUCACUGUGGUUCUACAAGUGAUCGUUUAUCUGUUACCAGUUUACGGUCUCAGCUCACAACCAUUUACAGAAACGAAGAAGAAGAAGAGGACGAAGAGGAAGAAGAAGAAGAAGAAGAAGGAAAAGAUAAAAGAGCAGAAGAGGAAUCGAAAAGAUUCGCGCUUGUUAGGGAUUUUGAUUUGUCUGGGUUGAAGUGCAUUAGGGUUCCUAGAAGAAAUUACAUUCUUAUGGAUCCUCAUAAAAAGGUUGCACUGGAGACUGAGUUCUUUACAGAAUAUGGUGAAGCCAGCCGAUACCAAAUCCAAGAAGUUAUAGGGAAAGGAAGUUACGGGGUUGUAGCAUCUGCAAUCGACACACAUACUGGAGAAAAGGUUGCCAUUAAAAAAAUUAAUGAUGUCUUUGAGCACGUCUCUGAUGCAACACGGAUUCUAAGAGAGAUCAAGCUUCUCAGGUUGCUCCGGCAUCCUGAUAUAGUGGAGAUUAAACACGUGAUGCUUCCUCCUUCACGCCGUGAAUUCAGAGACAUUUAUGUUGUUUUCGAGUUGAUGGAAUCAGAUCUUCACCAAGUUAUCAAGGCGAAUGAUGAUCUUACACCUGAGCAUUACCAGUUUUUCCUCUACCAGCUUCUUCGUGGUCUGAAGUUUAUACACACAGCUAAUGUGUUUCAUCGUGAUUUGAAGCCUAAAAAUAUUCUAGCUAACUCUGACUGCAAGUUGAAGAUUUGCGACUUUGGGCUUGCUCGAGUGUCGUUUAAUGAUGCACCUUCGGCUAUAUUCUGGACUGACUAUGUUGCUACAAGAUGGUACCGUGCACCAGAACUUUGUGGCUCUUUCUUCUCCAAAUAUACUCCUGCCAUUGAUAUAUGGAGCAUAGGAUGCAUAUUUGCAGAAAUGCUCACUGGGAAGCCCUUGUUUCCUGGGAAGAAUGUGGUGCACCAAUUGGAUAUUAUGACUGAUUUGCUCGGUACUCCGCCUCCCGAAGCUAUAUCAAGGAUUCGUAAUGAAAAGGCGAGGAGAUACCUGGCCAAUAUGAGAAGAAAACCGCCAGUUCCAUUCACUCACAAAUUUCCUCAUGUAGACCCGUUGGCCCUUCGCUUACUGCACCGUCUUCUUGCAUUUGAUCCCAAAGACCGUCCCACAGCCGAAGAGGCACUGGCAGAUCCUUACUUCUAUGGUCUGGCAAACGUGGACCGGGAACCAUCUACUCAACCGAUUCCAAAGCUUGUGUUUGAGUUUGAAAGAAGGAAGAUAACGAAAGAAGAUGUGAGAGAAUUGAUUUAUAGAGAGAUAUUAGAGUAUCAUCCUCAGAUGCUGCAAGAAUAUCUUCGAGGUGGAGAACAGACUAGCUUCAUGUACCCAAGUGGUGUUGAUCGGUUUAAGAGACAAUUUGCACACCUUGAGGAAAAUUACGGUAAGGGUGAGAGAGGCUCACCUCUUCAACGCCAACACGCUUCUUUGCCUAGAGAGAGAGUCCCUGGUCCUAAGAAAGAUAAUGAAUCACAGAAUCACGAAAUCGAGAACAGAUCCGCAGCUUCUUUAGCCACGACCCUCGAAAGCCCUCCAACGUCACAACACGAGGGCUCAGAUUACAGGAAUGGGACGAGCUAUACUGGUUACAGCGCUCGCAGCUUGCUAAAAAGUGCCAGCAUCAGUGCAUCUAAAUGCAUUGGCGUGAAACAAAGAAACAACUCAGAGGUAAAAACCAAGAAGCAUUAUAGAGAUAUCUAUAUAGAGAAUAGAGUACAAGUUUCUAUACUCUUGUUCUUCACAUUCUUGUUUACUUUUUACAGCACGGGGAAUCAAACAAUGAUACGGUAGAUGCUUUGUCUCAAAAGGUUGCGGCUCUCCACACUUGAUUCAGAUAUUGGGGACUGAAACUUGUUGCUAACAGUAGGCGGCUGAUUCUACAAUUCGUAUACACAUCUCUCACAGAGAAAAGAAGAAAUGUUAUGAUCUUUGAUAGAUACUGAGAGACAUGAGCAAUGAACAAAACGAGUUAACCUUCAUUGGUCUUCAAUUUGUCCAUCAAUUCGAGUUGUAUUAAAAAAAAUGGAUGAAGAAUUGUGGAAAUACCCCCAGACGUUUGGCUUUACUACAUGUUAACCCCUGGAUUUAUGUCUUACAAGUAUUUGACCUUAUCAGGCGAUGAA